CACGUCGAUCCGUCAGUCCGGUGCACAUCGCGUUAAUCGCCGUACGUCGUCGUGUAAAUCAUUAGCAAAAUAUUCAUUAUUUCACGUAUUAUUUUACACGUACACAUUAUACGAUAUGCAUGUUGAUACGAUACAAUUACUGUAAUACUGUCGAUCCAUCGUCGUCGUUGUCAAUCAUUAUCAUUUCAAUUGCCUAAAUAUCGUGUGCGUGUGUGUGUUGUCCCCGGGAAAACGUAUAUUAACGCAUCAAUCGAAUUAUUAAAAACACAUCAUCAACGCGAUCAUCAUCGUCAUCAUCUUCGCCAUGUUCGCGCGGAUCAGAUCGUUCCGGGCGAAUCGAAAGUGAUCCCUUCAGGGGUUCCUUCCGGCGAGCGAUCUAAGCCGCGCAAAGACGUCUUUACGUUUUCACUCGCCACGCGACGAUCGCGUUUUCCGGGGUUGUUUCCGGUGCCUGGAACCUCUUACGCACGCAUACUCACGCACAACACGCGCACGUCAUGUCUGCCGGAAUCAAACGGAAUAUCAAUAACAAUGUGGUUGAAUCCGUUGACAGGAAAUGGAGCCCGGAAGUCCAUACAAAAAUAUUCAUACCGCCCAUUAACGUCACGGAACCCAAAGGGAAAAUUUCCAAAGACGACGGCGAGCGGCGGCAAAAAUACGUUGCGGCGGCUGCAACCGUCAUCAGCAGCGGGAGCGAGAGCAGCGACGGUGGGGGCGGCUGCAACAGCGGUGUCCGGAGCCCGGACCACCGGCGUCAACCGGUGUCCCGGAACGGUUCUUACCGUGAACCGUUGUCGCCCAUGUCGACCAGAGCGAUGUCGCCUAGCCUGCGAUCGCUCAAAGUGCCCGGCUCGCCGUCGUCGGUCGCGACUGCCGGCUCCACCAGCCUGAACUCCACUACGUUCAACGGCAUCGGCUGCCAGCACGUCCCGGCGCACUACCAACACCACCAACUGGACGCGAUCGCGUCGCCGCUCCGGUCGUGGUCGGACGCCGUGUCGGUCAGGUCGCUGGCGUCCAUCGGCAUGGGCUCGACGGACGGCCGGAAGCUGACCAUCGCCAAGGUGCCCACGUCGCCCGCGGAACUGCUCAACCUGGCCAGCCCGCAAACAUUCAUUGAAAGAGAAGACGGUGAUUUUACAGAAUGCAGCAGUUGUUCCAGAUCACUCAAUUGGUCGCUUUCGGACUUCCGGUCUAGGACCAGGACACACUAUUGGCGCAACAAACUCCAAUUUAUUUUAGCGUGUCUAGGAUGUUCGGUUGGGUUAAGCAAUAUUUGGCGGUUUCCAUAUCACUGUCACAAAAGUGGUGGAGGUAUAUUUUUAAUUCCAUAUUUUUUGGUGAUGAUAUUUUGUGGAAUACCGUUAUUAUAUUUGGAAUUGGCUUUGGGUCAGUGUACAAAACGAGGACCAAUUGGUGCGAUUUCAAAACUAUGUCCAAUUUUAAAAGGUGUUGGUUUAUCCAGUGUGGUCACAUCGUUCUUCGUAUCCAUCUACUACAACGUCAUUAUCGCGCACACUCUUUAUUAUUUCUUCUCGGCAAUCCAGGACCAGCCGCCAUGGUUUCAUUGCAACAACCGGUGGAACACAGAUAACUGUUGGACCGUUAAGGAUAACAAUACUCGACCGUUGAACAGCAGAAGUCCUGCUGAAGAAUUUUACAACCUGAAAAUGCUGCAGACGACCGAGGACCCGGACGCGUUGGGAAAAAUUCGCUGGGAAUUAGCCGCUUGGAUGUUUAUCGUUUGGACCGUUGUGUAUUUCAAACUGUGGAAGAGCACCAAGUCGUCCGGUCGCGUGCUCCACCUGACCGCCACGCUGCCAUUCGUCAUGUUAGCCAUGCUGCUGGUCCGGUCACUGAUGCUGGACGGCGCGGACAUCGGUCUCAACUAUUUCCUGUUCCAACUCCGAUGGGAAUUACUCUUGGACUCGAAGGUCUGGGUAAGCGCUGUGGGCCAAAACUUAAGCUCAAUCGGUAUCGCUUUUGGUCUGGUCAUAUCUUUCGCAUCGUACAACCGUCAUAACAACAAUAUAUUGGUGGACACGGUAACCAUAUCGUUAAUUAACGGCAUAUCGAGUUUUGCUGUUGGAUUGUUUACGUUCGCCACUCUGGGCAGCAUGGCCAAGGAAUACGGAAAGUCCGUAGAAGACGUAAUAUCAGACGGACCAGGAAUCAUGUUCAUCCUGUUCACGAAGGUAUUGUCUGACAUGCCGUAUCCUAACUAUUUGUCGAUGUUGCUGUUCUUUAUGAUGUUUUGUUUAGCCCUGAACAGUGAGUUCGCUAUAGUUGAAGUUGUUGUAACAUCCAUACAAGACGGGUUUCCUAGGGCUGUAAAAAAAUAUCUAGUCUGCCAUGAACUUUUAGUCUUGACGGUUUGCACCGCUUCAUUUCUCCUAGGACUUCCCCUGGUCACACAGGGCGGUAUAUAUCUGUUUCAAAUAAUUGAUUAUUAUACUUCUACGUGGUCAGUUAUAUAUAUUGCUUUCUUUGAAGUAAUCGCCGUGUCUUGGAUGUACGGGGCUAAUAAAAUUUCGGUGGAUAUUCAAACAAUCACUAGUUCAAAACCAUCGUGGUUUUUUAAAUUCAGUUGGUACACCAUUACACCUCUCACACUAAUGUUUGUGUGGAUAUUUAGCUUAACAGACUACGAACCAACGACUUAUUUAAACGGCACCAAGAGUUUUCCCACGUGGGCUCAUGUAAUAGGUUGGUCCAUGGUUAUGAUCUCAUUGGCAUGUAUACCCAUCGUGUCAAUUUAUACGUUCCUACACUCCGAAGGCAAGACAUUACAUCAAAAAUUGAACAGAUCAAUAAGGCCUCGGUCAAAUGACUUUGGCGAGUUGCCAAUCGCGUCGAAAAUCAAUAUAAAAGAAAUGGCUACGUUGAUUGAAUGCAAAAUACCUCAAAUCUCACCAAUCGUCAAUUAUCCAGAAACAAUUUAAAACAGCAAAUAUAAUUAUUUAUGAUUGUAAUAAUUACAAAUAAUAUAAUAUAAUUAUUAUAUUAUGUAUAUUAUGAUGUGCAUGAUUUUGUUCACAUUCGAUAUUAAUGAUGGCAGAUCACCCUUAUUUUUUUCCAAAAAUUACGCUUAUCUAACUCACACAUUCCAUACAUAUUUAUAUCAACAGGUACCUACAACUUAAUAUGUCGAUAAUAUUGUUCGGUUCAUUUUAUUUUUCAUUAUUGUUACGAAAUUUUGAUACCUACUAAUCAGUUUUGAUACAUAUAGUAUGAUUAUAAGUAGAAAAGUUCGUUUUGUAUAUUUUACCAGGAAAUAAAUGCUACCAUAGAUUAUAAACUCUUA